AUGUCCCAGCUACACCCACAUCCUAAGAGGGGCUAGAGCGGCAGCUGGCUGUGGGAAGCCCAACCGCAUCUGCUGUUCCCCACUGUGACUUUCCCUGGGAUGGUGUGGCUGCUCCUGCUAUUGCUGACCUCCCGCCUGACCACAGCCCAGCUGGCUAGCUCCCUCCCCUGGGAGGAGGAGAUCGUGUUUCCUGAGAAAUUCAAGGGCAGCAUCCUGCCUGGUUUGGAAAUUCCUGCUAGGCUGUGGUACCAUUUGCCUGCCUUUGGGGAGAUACUGCUGCUAGAGCUGGAGCAAGACCUGGGUGUCCAGGUUGAGAGGCUGACAGCACAGUACCUGGGCCAGGUUCCUGAGCUGCUGGGUGGGGCAGAGCCAGGCACCUACCUUACUGGCACCAUCAAUAAAGAUCCAGAGUUGGUGGCAUCUCUGCACUGGGUUGAGGGAGCCCUGUUAGGGGUGCUGCAGUAUCAGGGGACCAAACUCCACAUCCAGCCACUGGAGGGAGGCACCUCUAACUCUGAAGGGGGGCCUGCGGCUCACAUCCUAUGCUGGAAGAGUCCCACCAGCAGCCAGGGCCCCAUGUGCGGCAUCAAGACUCCUCCUGGGAACCCCAGGCACAGUCCCCAAAGAGCCAGGUGCUUUGCUUUCCUGAGUAGAUUUGUAGAGACCCUGGUGGUGGCAGAAGACAAGAUGGCAGCAUUUCAUGGUGCAGGGUUGAAGCAAUACCUGCUCACACUCAUGGCAGCCACAGCCAAGACCUUAAAGCACCCGAGUAUCUGCAACCCUGUCAGCUUGGUGGUGACUUGGCUAGUGGUUCAAGUGCCAGGAGAGGAAGGGCCCCAGGUGGGACCCAGUGCUGCCCAGACCCUGCACAGCUUCUGUGCUUGGCAGAGAGGACUCAACACACCUGAGGACACAGACCCAGAUCACUUUGACUCGUCAGGACCUGUGUGGGGUCUCUACCUAUACAAUGGGUUUGGGCACUGUCUCUUAGACAAGCCAGAGGCUCCCCUGUACCUGCCUGUAAUUUUCCCUGGCAAAGACUAUGACACAAAACUAUAG